AUGGAGAGGCCAAUGGGAUCUGUGCGGCCAUUUUUAGAGGGCUCGUUGAAGCAACCGUGCUCCAAAGCUUUGGCAGCAUUCAGUCUGAAGCAGUCAGCCACGUGAAGAAGUGCACGGCCGAGGAGAAUGGGAGGGAUGAAAAUGGCAGAAAGAGAAGGGAGAGAGAGAGGCUGGAAGGAGAUCCUCGUUCGGCGGUGGAGGUCAAAAAUAGGACGCAUGGUCACCAGCAUAUUUCCAUAAAUGAGUUCUCCGGUUACAGAGUCUAUUUCCGUUCUGGGCCGGCGACCGGUGUUGCAGCCAAUUAUAAUCGAUGCAAUACGUUCCAGCAAAACGAUGCGAUACGAAUUCUGAGCUGGAACCAGGGAUCUACUGUGCCGAGUAACACACGACAGCUGUUAAAACGACAGAAUAGAACAGUCAAAUUCUCGCGUGUUUUCUUUCUUUUUUUUUUUUUUUUAAUCCUCGCGGAGGAUAAUGAUGGCGGAAGAUUGUGACUACGAAGAAAGAGAGAAACCUUCGAGAACCUGACGUCAGUGAGCUUCUGUGACGUAAUCGGUCUUUGAACUAUAGUUACGGAUUUAUAUGUUAAGUCAUGCGUAGAGUGUCCACGCAAUGAAAAUAUUGUUGUAAAUGCAUCUUAAUUUAUUUUUGUCAAUACAAUUUGUCAACGCGACAACUAAGGUAAUGAAACUUGUAUCGAAUAAUCACGUAAAUAGGAGAAAUUGAAUAAUUGCGUAAAAUGGGGAGAAGUUUUUAGCUUAUAUACAGCAAAGGACACAAUGUUUCUACGUAAACGUUGUUCACAUUUUAUAAAUAUUUUUAUAAAAAUGCAUCGUUGGAAAUCUAUAAAUUAAAUAUGCACGAAAUCUAUGCGAAAUUAAAUAUGGAGAUUUAGAAGAAAUGAAUACGAAUUCAUCGUGAUAAUUUUGAUUCAGUCUGGUUGUUCGAAUGUUAAAUAACGUACAGGAUGUAUAGUUGUAUAGUUUGAAUAUUUUAUACAUUUUUGCAUAUUAUAUACAUUCUCUAUAUUUUUGCAUUAUUAAAUUUCCUAUAAAUGCAUGAAAUAAAUCUACGAUCUAAUUACGAGUAAUGCGGAUUUUCAGAGGGCCGAGUUUAAAAUAAAAUAACACGUUUGAGUUUAAAAUAAAAUAACACGUUCUGAUAUAUCAUUCAGAGUUUUGUACGAAGGAAAUAGAAAAUAGAAAAAAACUGAUGAAUAAUUUUAGCAAAUAAGAGGAAAUACAUCAUUAAUUAUCAACAGAUCGUUGUUUAUUUUCGUUUAAUGUAAGUAUUGAAAUAAUUACAUUACUUAUUAUUAUCUAUUGUGCAUUAAAUAUAUCUAAUUAAAUUUUAUGUUUUAUUUUAUUAUUAAAUACUUCGUGUAUUUCAAGAAAUUAAGAUCAUCAACUGUUAUAUUUUUUUGAACAAAUAGUAUUAUUGCAAUAAUAGGCAUUUAUAUUUCAUAGACAAAUAGACAAAUGUUUAAAAUACUAGUAAUAUUUAAAAUACAAUUAGUACACCCAGUAUUAAUUGUAUUUGUAUUAUUUAUAAUUUUUUAAUAAUUAAAUUACAAGUCACAGGACUAUAUUUAUCUUAAAUGGAAUUUACAUUUAUUCCAUUUCUUCGGAAUUUAUUUUAUUUUUUUAUUUAUUUAUAAUAAAAUAUGAAAUGUAAUUAUUGUAAAUACAUAUAAAAUAUCUAAAUAUUAUUUACAUCUCAUUUGUUCAAUGUAUUGUGAAAAAUUUACUUGUAUAUUAAUGCUUCAUUCGUAAAUCAUUCUUAACUUAUCUUUAUCUGAAUCUGAGUCAUAAAUAAAUUAUUUAAUUAAAUAACUUCGUUAUUAUAUUCAUAUAAAAUAUUCUGAAAUGUUUCAAAUUUUACUUAGAUAUAUAAAUCUCUAUAUUGUAUCAUUUUAUAUCUUUUACAUUAUAUUAAUUGUUUAAGAGUUGAUUUAAGAAAUAUUCAAUAUAUCUGCUCAAUAUCAUAUAUCAUUAUAUAUUCAAUUACUUUCUUAUAUAACGAAUUAUAACAACAACGAGAUAUACAAUCCUGAAUAUUAAUACAAAUAUAUCUAUCGUUUAAUAAAAUUAUAUGAAAACUAUAGAUAUGUAUUUAAUUAUAUAUAAGAACAAUUAUGUAAAAUAUUAUUAAAAAUUGUAAAAAAGUGCAAAAUUUUUAAUAUUUAGACGAAGAAUUUCACAGUCUGGAAAAGUAA